GGCUGGCUUCGCUUAUCGACCGCGAGCUCAUUUCAAGACUGCCAAGAGCAAGGGAUGCCGCGGCUCUCGCUUUGAACAGUGAUCUGCCGACAAGCCAUCAGCUGAGGUCGCAUUGGACACAGCAUGAGCUCGUGCGGUGAACGACUCCGGUGAACCUGGAAGUAAGAAUCGCUAUGUCUUUCAGACCUCCAGAGAAGAUGCUUUCCACAGAAUACGAUCUCGAAGAUGGCCAGACCUCGGCGCGCUCGUCAACCCUGCCCAACUCACCGGCACCCGCUAAGGUUGAACAGAGUCCUCCCAUGAACCUGCUCUGGAUUCCACAUUCUGGAAGUGCCACUACUGAGGAGACGAAACCUGAUCAUCGGGAGAUCAACCGCCGCGCACAGCAGAAUGCUUUCAUGAAACGGAAGCUGGCACGCCAGCAGGAGUUUCCGCGAAAGAAGCUGGUGCCCCCAACCAGAGUCUCGGCGGACCUUGUGCGUCGAGAAGCAGACACUCCUGAGCCCGUAGUAGGUAUCCAAAGAUGGCCUCAAAGCACGAGUCUCACCAGCACCAUCAACCCAUCCCAGGACUAUCAUGCACCCAGCGUGCGGAUUUACCUCGACUCCCUGAAACUAAAUCCCUUCCGGAGCGGCAAGGUGUCAAUGACACCCGAGAUGGAGAACAUCAUCAUGUACUACUUCACCGUCAUCAUGCCAGCCGUCGAACCGGUGCAAGCAGAGAGAGAGGACUAUAACUCCUGGCUCGUCCCGCUUACAGCUUCGGAGCCUGCCUUGCUGUAUGCACUGAUCGGAUGCAUGGCUUACGACAUGGAGCAAGUCUCUGUAGUUGGAUUUGGUCCCAACUCAAGGCUGAACCUGACUCAAGAACGGGUCCACUACCGAAUUAAGGCCAUUCAAGCGCUCAACGAAGCUCUGGCAGAUCCAAAAACUGCCGCAAAGCCUUCGACACUCGUUGCUGUGCAUUUCCUUCUGUGGCAAGAGAUUUUUGCUGGUGACGAAUGCAUCCAUCUCGAUGGCGUUCAGAGGCUCCUCGAGCUCAGAGGAGGGUUCGACGGCGUGCAGCGCAAGGCCAUAGAGGCCAUCAUGGUUGGAUCGUUCUGGCGUGCAAUCAGAACCCGAACAAAGCCACUACUCCCCAUGGUCAAGGACGAGAUCAAACUGACCGACGAGAAGUUCCUGAGUGUCCUUUCAAAGAGCGAGCCGAGUAUCGCUAGACUCGGAGAAGGCUUGUUGGAGCCUGCAAUGAGAGAGUAUUUCGAUGACGAGUUCUGGCAAUUAUUGCACGACACGCGAAGAGCCUGGGUAUGCUUCGAGCGGAUUGGGAUUCAUGACUUCCCAGUUGCGGAAAAGAGACAAGUCAGCAUCAAACGAGUCAACGUCGAUCAUCGCCUGCUAUCCUAUCCAUUCGAUCAUUACGGCGCGCACCGGCCUAUCCAAGAAGCUUGCCGGCUGGCGCUGAUCACAUAUUCCAAUGCACACUAUAACGUGAUCCAACCAUCCAGCAAAAUCGCUCGAGGUCUAGUCGAGGACUUGAGGAAUGCACUCGAAGCUACAGCUCUACAGUCAUAUUGGGGUACUGCUCACAACGCCCUAUUGUGGGUCCUGUUUAUCGGAGCUCAUAUGAGUUAUGGCCAGCGUGAACGCCCAUGGUUCGUGGCCGCUCUAGCAAGAGUUGCACAAACGCUCCAGUCCCGCGACUGGCUGCAAGUACGAGCGCUCUUGGUGAGUUUCUACUACUCCGACCGAGUCUUCCAGGAGUCAUUCCGCAAGAUCUGGGAAGAGGUUGAGCUACUGUCAACAAUCCUUUCAAAGUGGUUUUGAAGUCUUAUUCCCACUUUCGACAAAAACCUGACCGUCUACGCCGUUUGACGAACCUUAAAUAUGUACGACUCGAAAGGACACCCACGUCAAGGUCAAUUGCGGAUGGGAUUGUCCGUAAGCUGUCCGCCCGGCUCUUUCAAAGCCGUUAACACCAUGUGUCUACCCAAUGACUCGACAGCUUCUCAUCUCCAACGAUCGUCAACCUCGACCAAGUCAUCAUGAGCGAUCAAGAUCUCUGGCCGCCGUUCGCCCCGGAGUAACACAUGCCUCUCGAAUUCAAACAAAUCUGUCAAGUCUACACCAAUCCUGCCCACUGGCUACGUUGAGCAAUUCACUGACAAACCUCACGUCGGGUCCUUGCUCGGGUGCUGGGUCAAACGUCAGAAGCUCCAAGCAGAUUUCCUCAUCUGCUUGAGCAACUUCAUAUGUCCUUCAAGUGCGACCUCCAACAUCACCUUGACAAGGCUCCGCAGACGUUCUGGAAGACGCUCGGGACUAGUCAAGAGCCACUCGACCGACUCGGCUUCAUCUCUUGGCGAGGUCUAUCCGUGCUUCUCUCGACCGGUUUGUCUUUGAGAACGGGAUGAUGCAAGAGCAAGAAGUCGAUUUUCGACAUCAGAGCCCGCAACGAGUCUUUUAGACAUUCCGUCUCUUUUGCGUACAGCUCCCCGGUUUGCAGGAGUUUCUGACCGUGGGAGAGUCGCGCCCGAUCACGCUGGGUUCUGGCCUCUUCUGCUUGGAGCUUCCAAUAAUUCUGUCUCUUCUCCAUGAAGUCGGCCUUGCCCAUUUCUCAAACUCGCUCACAGCCUUUGAAAUCGUGCAAGUAGGACCCCGAACGUCGGCCAUAGGUUCGAGCCACAUCACCAGAAAGGAAGUUGCUUGUUGGCGAUGUCGCAGAAGACCGUCACGAAUGUCUUUCGCUAUGGAAUACAGCAAGCUCUGUACAUAACCGUCACACCAAUCCACAAUCGCCUCCCUCUGGAAGGCAUCUGUCGGCAGUUGUAGAAUUCCCCGGGCCACGACUUCUGGAUUGAAAUUCGGAAUGCUGCAUUCGAUGUGCGGCAUGAGAUGGCCUGGCAGGCGCAGACGCCUCAUAUCCGGUGGAAGAUGAAAAGGGUGUUUCAAGAGGUUGAUUUCGGCAGCUGUCUUGAGCUUCAUCGCGGUCCCAGCGCCAAAGAGGACAUGGUCUCACAGAAAGCAGCUUCGGUGGCUACCGGCAGAGUGACCUGUUCUGAGUAGGGUAGGGAGAAGAACCCCAACUCCUCAGGUUGCUUUGUUGGCAUUGUGAUUGACCACUCCAUGGAGCAUUGCCAGAAUAAUCAACGAGUGCAAAGAAAAAGAAUCACAAGAGAUGUCGCGAUUUGGUACUCAUUGACCUGCUGUAAGUCAACAUGGUUUGCCAUCCCAAGGACUAUACCAAUGGCAGGCUCUGCAUUUUGUGAUUCACUGUACCUCAGGGUCAGACUUCACUCACCAACAGGCUCAGAUGUCUGCGACUUCAAUGUCUGUGACUCCAAUGCCUCCUAUGUCCUUCAAUAUCCUGUAGGGGUUAAUUAAACCUCCGCCGGGCGUGGAUGAGCCUUCGGGCCCAACAAACGAGAGACAUCGAAAUCACUCCAUCUUCACGUAUUCUUUGCGCCAAGCAAAGACUCGAUGAUUGCGAGGACGAUGAAUUGUGUAUGAGAUGUAAUCGAGAUUGAGAUCAGGAACCCGGUGCAUGCCGUGAUCACUGGCUAUUCUUUCAGAUCACCCGAUGCCCUCAAAUGUGGCACAAGGUCCUCUCGGACGAAUUGUUCGAGUCCAUGCAGUUCAACACCUAGUUCCAACACUUUCUUGUCGGGUAAUUGUACACCAGGAUAAGUGCCUGUCUUAUUGUACAGAUUGAACAUAAUAUCGCGAGACUCGUUGCCUGUGUUUGGCAAAAUGACAUACUUUGUCGGAAGACCAGUGACUACCGAGUCAGC